GUCAGACUCCAGCUUCUGGGCUCUCCACUGCGUUCUCUGCCCUCCCGGGGAGGAAGCCCCCAGGUCCCAUCCAGUGCCCCUGGACACAGCCCAUGAGGCUCCCAGACCCCACUGAGUGCCGCCCUGAAGGAUGUCCCAGCUCUCCUCCACCCUGAAGCGCUACACAGAAUCGGCCUGCUACACAGAUGUCCCUUAUGCCAAAUCGGGCUAUGGCACCUAUACCCCCUCCUCCUAUGGGGCCAACCUGGCCGCCUCCUUUCUGGAGAAGGAGAAGCUUGGUUUCAAGCCAAGUCCCCCCACGGGCUUCCUCCCCCGUCCCCGCACUUACGGCCCCUCCUCCAUCCUGGACUAUGACCGGGGACGCCCCCUGCUGAGACCUGACAUCGUCAGGGGUAGUAAGCGAGCAGAGAGCCAGACCCGGGGCACUGAGCGGUCUUCAGGCAGUGGACUUAGUGGGGGCAGUGGAUUCCCUUACGGAGUGACCAGUAACUCCCUCAGCUACCUGCCUGUGAAUGCUCGUGACCAGGGGGUAACCUUGACCCAGAAGAAAUCGAAUAGCCAAUCAGACCUGGCUCGGGAUUUCUCCAGCCUCCGGACUUCAGAUAGCUACCGGACCUCAGAUGGCUAUCGGAUAGACCCUGGGAACCUAGGCCGCAGCCCUAUGCUGGCCCGCACACGCAAGGAGCUCUGUGCCCUGCAGGGGCUCUACCAGGCAGCCAGCCGCUCGGAGUACCUGACGGACUACCUAGAGAACUAUGGUCGCAAGGGCAGUGCACCUCAGGUGCUCACGCAAACCCCUUCCUCACGAGUCCCUGAAGUUCUCAGUCCCACCUUCCGACCCAGUGGCCGCUACACACUGUGGGAGAAGAGCAAGGGCCAGGCCCCUGGGCCCAGCCGCUCCAGCUCACCAGUACGAGAGGCCUUGAAUUCUAAGAGUGCCCAGGGUCUGGCUGGUCUUCGAAACCUUGGGAACACGUGCUUCAUGAACUCGAUUCUGCAGUGCCUGAGCAACACCCGGGAGCUGAGAGAUUACUGCCUCCAGAGGCUCUAUAUGCGGGACCUCAGCCACACCAGCAAUGCACACACAACCCUCAUGGAAGAGUUUGCAAAACUAAUCCAGACCAUAUGGACUUCAUCCCCCAAUGAUGUGGUGAGCCCUUCUGAGUUCAAGACCCAGAUCCAGAGAUAUGCACCACGCUUCGUUGGUUAUAAUCAGCAGGAUGCUCAGGAGUUCCUCCGCUUUCUUCUGGAUGGGCUCCACAAUGAGGUGAACCGAGUGACAGUGAGGCCUAAGUCCAACCCUGAGAACCUUGAUCAUCUCCCUGAUGAUGAAAAAGGGCGACAGAUGUGGAGGAAAUAUCUAGAACGAGAAGACAGUCGGAUUGGGGGUAAGUGCACAGACGGAAAAAAUGGCUGUCUUAUUACUUCCUUGUGUUUGCUUUUCUGCUUCCUGAGGAAGGUGCAGUUGCUUGUGUGGUCUCAUCUAGUUGCCUCUGUUCUUGCCAUGCCGUCUGUCCUUAACUCAUCAAUCCCAGACCUGAAGCGGUUCUCAGAAUCCAGGAUACGAACCAGCAAGCUCACAACAUUUGUGAAUUUCCCACUAAGAGACCUGGACUUGAGAGAAUUUGCCUCAGAAAACACCAACCACGCUGUUUACAACCUGUAUGCUGUGUCCAAUCACUCCGGAACCACCAUGGGCGGCCAUUAUACAGCCUACUGCCGAAGUCCAGUGACAGGCGAAUGGCACACUUUCAAUGACUCCAGUGUCACGCCCAUGUCCUCCAGCCAAGUCCGCACCAGCGACGCCUAUUUGCUCUUCUACGAGUUGGCCAGUCCACCCUCCCGUAUGUAGCAGCAAGGAGCUACAGCCCUUUCCCCUUCCCCGUGGUGGCCCCACACCCUAAGUUUUUUAAAAAGACAAAAAAAAAAAAAACACAAAACAACAACAACAAAAAAAAACCUGACAAAUAAGAGAAAAAUAAACUAAAAUAAAGCUGCUGAGCAGGAGUUGAUGCAGCCUGGUCAGGGUCUGGAGCAAGGAGCUGGGUGCCCCCAAGCCAUGGCCUGGCGGGAAGAUCCACUGGACACAGAGACCGGAGUCAGCAGAGUGCUCCCUCGGCUUCUCUUGUUUGCAUUUUUAAGCUUGUGGUUUUUUCCUGUGUGUAAUAAACAACAGCAGUCUGUGGGGAGAAGAUCUUCGUCCACCUGCCGUCCUCUCCAGCCCCUGCGCCUCCUGGGAAGACAGCACCCUCUGGAGCCUUCUUGGGAGCACCAUUGCCUGCAUCAUGGCACCGUUGAGGAGCUGGCGCCUGUCUCUACCUGGACCUGCUCACCAGUCCAGAGCAGGAAGCACCCAUGAGCCAAGAGCCCUCUUAACGCUGCUAACUCCAAGGGCACAGGCAAGGGGACAUCUUUGAGGAAAGCUGGUUUGGGUUUUUUUUUAAAGCCCAGCUUUUUUUACUUACCGUAAUGAAAGUGUUCAGACUGGAGACCCUCUCCUCCACACCCCUUCACAGCUGGCAUGUUGGGCUGGUCCUUUUUGUGUAAUUCUUCAAGUAGAACUUUCCCAGUGCUAGCCCCCUGUGGUGCUAGGCGGGGUUGGCCAGGCCCAAGCACACCACAGUAGACCUGGGAUCUAAACAAGUUUUUGUUUUGGGUUUUUCAUUUUGUUUUGGAUGGAAUCUAGUUGCCUCCAAGAAUUGUGCCUUAUAGCAUUUGGGGACCAGGGGGUAACUGCCCCUCCCUGAAAUAUCCCUCAGUCCCUUCCCUUUUCCCCAGUGCCAUGUUCAAACCCACUGGGGGAAAUAGGGUCCCGCCCUGAGCCCCUGGUACGUUGUGCAUUGCAGUGAGGCUAAGAGGGAAGUAGGUAAAACGAUUUCUUACGAUAGUGUUAUCAGUCCUUCCUGUCCGCCACCUCUUACCUACCCUGGUCUACUCCCUAGCUGUUUGAAGGAUAGCACAAGCCCCCUGUCCCUCGAGCUUCUCUCCUUUAAUUUAUUCUCUUUUAACAUCCCUUUCCCCUUGCCUUCCUGCCACCUGCCCCUUCUCAGAGCCUCCUAGACACAGGCCCUCUGGACCGAGUUUCUCAGGGAUGCCCAUGCCACCCCUCAGCUCCUCUUGGUGUUGGCCUUUGGUCCUUCCUUAGGAGCUGGAGCCUGGGUGUCUGGGGACAUCUUGCCUCUGUUGUAUGAUUCCUGGGUUUUGCCCUAAGUUGUUAGACAAAACUCCAUGCCAUCCCAGAGAGCAAAGUUGUUCAGCACUGAGGCAUGGAGCACUGUGCACUUUGCACACUCCACAGCUGGGCCCAGCCUGUGCCCCAGGGAGCCUGGACCAUCCCAGUGCUCCUGGGACCAGGCACUAGAGAAAGACACCCUGAGUUUUACCUGGCCUGACACCCUUUUCUAGGGAAGACCUGUGAAUCUGAGCCCAAGGGCUGGUGUACACUUGUUUACUGUGUAAGCAAGAGUAGAAGAAUGUCUAAUGUACAGUGGAACCUUGUACAGAAUAAAUAAUAGCUUU